AAAAGUAAAUUUUCAACCCCUCUAUAUAAGAAAGGCUCACAUUUUAUUUUCCUUCUUCUGUAGGAAGUAGCUGUUACUCUCAACUGUUGUUUCCACUCCCUCUUUUCUCCAGAUCUGAUCUCCCCAAGGGCAUUUUCAGUAAGUUGGAAAAGAUGGGUCGUGGUGUUAGCAGUGGUGGUGGGCAGAGCUCAUUGGGCUAUCUGUUUGGGAGUGGAGAAGCUCCGGAACAAGCAACAAACAAUUCCCAAGCUGCUCCAACUGAUGCACCAGCUGCCCCCAAACCCGCCCGUGCUCCUGAACCGGUUGAUAUUACCAAGCAAGUUCCUGCUGGUAUUAACAGUGCUUCUGCAAACUAUCACAUGCGUGCUGAUGGUCAGAACACUGGCAAUUUCAUUACGGAUCGACCAUCCACCAAGGUUCAUUCUGCCCCUGGAGGUGAAUCUUCUCUGGAUUACCUUUUCGGUGGGGUAUCUGGAGGUAGUAAAUGAGAUUGUAGCUUGAUAAUAAUAAUAUCUUUGAUAAUGGGGGUAUUGCUUGUUGAUUUUUGGGUUAAAGCAUUACAUCGUGGAUGGUGAUGAUGAUGCUCUGUUUUUAUAUGAUGUUUGAACAUAAAAACAAUGAAAACAUGCCUGUCUGGUGGUGUAAUAUUACUACAGGUCUUUGUGGUUGUUGUUUUGUUGAUUCAAUCAAAGAGUUCCCUCAAGUUUAGUUGCACAAAACAUCUAAUUUGCGGAGCUCAGUUGGUAAGUAUAUGAAAAAUAUUGUUAUA